CAACCGCUCGUGGUCGAGAGGCUGUCAUCCACUUUUACCUGUAUCAAAUGCAUUUAAGCUACUUCAACAUCUGUCGAUUGCUUUUAUUGCUGCAGCAAAUUUUAGUACUUCUUAAUUUCCGAGAAUUUCUUAAUUCUAAUUUCAUUGGUUUUACUAUUCGUGGUUUCAUAGGCACUUUUGCUAUGCUGAGAAAACUUACAAUUUCAUUUUUCAAUAUUUCAAUCGUUACACAAGAUGGUAGACUUUUGAAAUUGGCUGUGAAGAAUUUGAGAGACCUUCGAAGAAAUUUCAUUGUUUCCGACUGAAAUCAAAGUCUAAAUUUUUUUGAUGGAGUUCUGAAUGUUCUUGAUGAUUUUCUGACUGUUUCUUAUAGCAGGUUUUUCAUAAAACGAGUCUACUUUUAAAAGGAAAGAAGUGCCAUUAACAAAACUAUAUGCUUUGCUUUGGGAAAACCCCAUAAGAAAAUACACUAACAAUUCAUACUGGGCAGGAAUUUUCAUAGACAAUGCUAACUAUUCAACUAUUAAGGCGCGACAAAGAUCUGUAGCUUCAUUUAAAAGGAUUUAGGAGCUGUUAUCUGAAAAAGUGGUUCUCAAAGGUCAUUGUUCUGAUCAAGAUAGCUGCUAUUACGAAAGACUAAACAUUUGUAAAAAAUUGCUCAACAACGGUUACAAGAGAUUUAAAAAUAAAGAUCAAGGAUGCUGUUCAUUCAUUUUGUUUACGAUAUCAAUGUCUGCUUCAAAGUUAACAUUGAACAAAAUAUGUAAUAUCCGAUGCUGGCUGACGCGACAUAUUAUUUUGGUAUGGUUUUCUUGCGAACAAAUGAUUGCCAACUAGAAAGUGUCCCGCACUCAAAAUCUCACGGUCUAUCAGGAAAAUUUCUUGUUUUCUUGUGAAUCAGCCUCUCUUUUUGGUAAUCGCGUCAAAUACGAUACCAUGUGGACAAUAUACUGCAGGAAAUUGCUUUAUACGCAGUGCCCCGAGGCAGACGCGUUAAUGGGAGAUGGAUAAUGCAAAACCAAUUUAAGGUGCCUUGCCCAGGAAAGACCAUGACUAAAUGAAUAACAAAACAACCAGCGUUUUCUAUUAUUAAAAAUCAAACAAUAGCGCGAAAGUCUUCCUAGAGUGAUUAAAAUGUGUGAACUAGUAUGUUUACAAAUCUGUAUGACCAAACCCCCUGACACCUUUUGUUGGACCUUGGCAAAAACUGGCUGUUGAAAUGCUCCCUGUUAAACCAUAGUCUAUAGAAUUGGGACGGUCUGGAAACCUUUUGUCUUGAUAUAAGGAAGCCGCCUCGGAUGUUGAGGCAACUAGUUUCCAGGCCCUUCUCAAGAUCGAACGUGCACAAGGAUUUUGAGAAGUCGAAAAGAUGGAGUUGGAGAGUGAACUAAAUGAUUGCGAUAUAAUCUUGCAAUUGCUCGAUGAGAAUUUUUUUGCAGAUUCCGCUGAACUUCAAUUAGAUUUCGAGCGGGCAGUAGAUGAGGUUCAAGAGAACAUUGUGGAAUGCCCUGAGUGUCAAAAAGUCUAUAAAACGAAAGGGGGACUCAGAAGACAUCAAAAGGCAAAACAUCCUGAUCCUGGUCAUAAGCCUGAGUCUCCAGAACUUGACCUUACACAGGAUAUUUAUGAAAACUUGGUGAAUAAUGGGGCCAAAUCAUUAGCGUCUGACCUUUGUCUUCCUCCAGCAGAAAGGGCAGCAUUUUUGUCAUACACAUUCAAAGUAGAUAACUGUCAUGCAACAAAUGGACUUCACUUGGCUCAGAAUUUGUUCAAAGUUUUGGUACAUAAAGCAAAUGCUGCGAAGUUUUACAAGGUAUUUUAUGCCCAAUUUGUAGCUAAAGCAAAUUCAUACCUCCCAGAAUUGUCAGAGCAACAAGCAGUUUUCCUUGCAAUGAAAUUGGCAGACAGUCUACUUGUAGUACAGGAAGAGCAAAAACCCUCUGCAGACAUGGGAAUGCCUCAGGUUGAAAUAACGGAAAAAGAAAAGUUGGCAAUGCAGUAUCUAGGUGGAUAUGUGCUUUUUAACCUUAACAAGAAGUUUCAUCAUGCACGGGUUUAUUCUAAAUUAGAAAGCCAAAACUGCAUAAUGAUUCUUCAAGCUGGAAGAUAUCAGGAUGAUUCAUCUCAAAAGCUUAUUGAAUCUUUAAAUCGUGGUGGACUUUGGUACAUCAACAAUAUUGUACAACAGAUAUUACUUGCGACUGAGAUGGCAUUUAGAAGGCAUACAACAAACAUUAUUGCUACUAAAGAGAUAGACACUAAUAAAAUUAUUAAUACACUAGUGAAGGAGGUGGCUAUCAAAGCUCUCUAUGAAAACUGGGUUACUUUGUCAGAGGUAUCCAUUGAUGAAGCUGUGGCACAAGAUCUUUUGGAAAAAAUUUUGUCACUGUACAUUCGUGUUAGAGCUUUUUCUUGCACAAAGGACAUUGUAAAUAAAUAUAGAAAAAAGCAUAAGAAGGAUAAGGCAUUACGACGAGGAUUAAAAAAGGCAGAUGAGGCUGACAAUUAAGCAUUGAAAACUUCUUUUUAUAGAUACUCUUUCUGGUUACUUUUACUCUAAUAACUAAUUAUUUUAAUAACUGGACUUGACUAGAAAUAAACCUACAAUAGCAAGCAAGAGUUGAAAGUUAAAGAAAUUGUUUAGAAUAGUUCAAUCACACUUCAUCCAUU